UGAAAUCUGGCCGGCCAAACAAGGAGUUGGACAGGAAUGAAUGAAACAAUAUUCCGCUCAGUGAUGGUGGAUGUUUGUAAUUAGGUUGGAGGGGUAAAGAUAAAAAUAUUCUUAACCUAUCCAAUUCCGAGCAUCCAACCACCACCUCACUGUCUUGGCAUGGACAGCUAAAACAAAAUUGACGAGCCGUUCACUCUUAUCUACUGAUUCCUUGUUUGAAACCACCCAUUUACCAAAAAGCUUAGCUCUUUCUAGCGAGUACCAAGCGAGAAUUCUGAGAAAAAUAGGCAGAAGGAGAAACAUGCCCACCCUGAAUCUGUUCACCAAUGUCCCUGUAGACUCGGUGGUUGCGUCUGACAUACUGAAGGAUGCCACCAAAGCUGUUGCUAAGAUCAUUGGCAAGCCUGAGUCUUACGUGAUGAUCUUGUUGAAUGGAGGAGUGCCAGUAGCUUUUGCUGAUAGUGAAGAGCCAGCUGCAUAUGGCGAAUUGAUCUCAAUUGGUGGCCUUGGACCAAGUGUUAAUGGAAAACUCAGUUCAACAAUUGCAGAAAUUCUUCAAACAAAGCUAUCUAUAGAUAGUUCUCGGUUUUAUAUCAAAUUUUACGAUGUUCAGGUAUUUUAUUUGACGUCUUCCUUUCUGAGGUUUGAUUGAGGAUCAAGAAGGGAUGUAUCACUUGUUUUCUUUUGGGUCCUUGAGGAGAAUUUUUU